UUAGGGUUCUAAGAAUUUUCCCCCAAAUUCCCAACUGAAACAUCAUCUUCUUCAUCUUCUCUAGGGUUUAACAUCUUCUCAGUUCUACAGAACCAGCCAUGGCGCGUAACGAAGAGAAAGCUCAAUCAAUGUUAAACAGAUUCAUUACAAUGAAAGAGGAAGAAAAAAAGAAACCCAAAGAACGCCGUCCUUAUUUAGCCUCUGAGUGCCGUGAUUUAGCUGAAGCGGAUAAAUGGAGACAGCAAAUCAUGAGAGAAAUCGGUCGAAAAGUAACUGAGAUUCAAAAUGAAGGACUUGGGGAACACCGAUUGAGAGACCUGAAUGAUGAGAUUAAUAAGUUGAUUAGAGAGAAAGUUCAUUGGGAGAGGAGGAUUAUUGAACUUGGCGGGCCGAAUUAUACUAAGCAUUCAGCGAAGAUGACGGAUUUGGAUGGAAAUAUUGUUGAUGUACCGAAUCCGGGUGGACGUGGUCCUGGGUAUAGGUAUUUUGGUGCUGCGAAAAAGUUGCCUGGUGUUAGGGAGCUGUUUGAGAAACCUCCUGAAUUGCGAAAAAGAAGAACUAGGUAUGAUAUAUACAAGAGGAUUGAUGCCAGCUACUAUGGGUACAGAGAUGAAGAGGACGGAAUAUUGGUGAAGUUGGAGGGUCCAGCAGAGAAAAAGAUGCGCGCUGCAGCUGUGAAAGAAUGGAUGGAGAUGGAAGAGAUAAAGAGGGAAGCCAAAAAGUCGGUAAAAAGUGGGGAGGUAGUAGAGGUGGGUUUGGGAUCAAAGAUAUUGUUCGAGGAGGAAGAGGAUGUGAUAGAAGAGGAGCGGAUGGAAAGGGAGAGGGAAGAGAAGGACAGAGAAAAAGAAUACGUGGUACAUGUACCAUUACCAGACGAGAAAGAGAUCGAGAGGAUGGUGGUGGAACAUAAGAAGAUGGAGCUUCUAAGCAAAUAUGCUAGUGAAGAUUUAAUGGAAGAGCAAAUGGAAGCUAAAGCCAUGCUCAACAUUCAAAGGCUCGCAAAAGGGGAGUAAAGCGCACUUUCCCAAGAGGGUUUUCAUUUAUAGGCUUUGAAUGUGAUAUCUUUGAUCAGAAGAAGAACGAUCUCAACCAUUCUACUGCAACUCUUGUUGGUAUGUGACCGCUUCAAUGGUCAAUAGUGCAUGUUGAAAAGGUACGAGGGGUAGGGCGGAGCUACGUACAUCAAAAGAUGAUAAUGAACACCCUUUACCUGAAAAUUAUGUAGUGUGUAUAUUUAAUAAAUCUUGUACAAUUUUUACGUGAAAUUGCUGAUUUCUCUACGAUCAGAUAAAUGUCAACUUGUUAGAGACAA